UUAAAGCGGACACUGCACUAGAGAUCACAGACGUCUCAAUGGGUGUUAUCAAGCUGAAAUAUAACUUCAACAUGACGUCACUUCCUUGCGGAAUUAUUGCAAACACCAUCCUUUACUACGACGACAAGCGGAACUACACGAAGGUUUUAAUUCCAUAUAGAGAAGAGACUGAUGUGACGGGUCUGAUUCCAGGUGUAACCUACCAUUUUCGUGUCAGCGCCGAUUGUAUCGACAGACCAGCAUCGUUCACUCAAGAUGUUGCCUUUACACCGAAACCAUACGGUAUGUUAAUUAUUUUGCAGUUCAUAGUUUUAUAUUUUACCGGUAAAAUGCAUUGUACUUGA